UGGCCGCCGCAGGCCGGCUCCCACUUCCGCGGGGCCCCGAUAGCUCUCAGGGCCGGCAGGGCUGCCCACUCGCCCCCGGACCUCCUGGCUCUUCUGCUUCGGCUCCCUUUGGCCGGAGCCUCCACGAAGGAGACUCAAGAAGACGAUGGAGUCAGAGUGUAUCUACAAUCUUCUGCAGCUCCCUGCCAACGUCGAGCCCCCCGCUGUGGAGGAAUUGGAACAAGGAGAGAAGAAGAAGUAUUUACAGCCCGAUUCUCGAAAGAACCCCAAAUUCCAAGAGCUACAAAAGGUCUUGAUGGAGUGGAUCAAUGGCACCCUUUUCCGGGAACAUAUAGUCGUCCAGAACCUGGAGGAAGACCUAUUCGAUGGGCUCAUUCUGCAUCAUCUCCUGCAGAAGCUGGCAGCCAUCACGCUGGAGGUUGAGGAGAUCGCCCUGACGGCCAGCAGCCAGAAGCGGAAGGUCUCUCUCGUGCUGGAUGCCCUGAGCCGCUGUUUGCAGCUGGAGGAGAGCUCGGCCAAGUGGAGUGUGGAGAGCAUCUUCAAUAAGGACUUGCUGGCCACUCUCCAUCUUCUGGUGGCCAUGGCGAAGCACUUCCAGGCGGACCUGGCCCUCCCUGCAGACGUCCAAGUGGAAGUCCUGACGAUCGAGAGCACCAAGAACGGCUUAAAGUCCGGGAAGUCGGUGGAGCAGCUCACAGACGGCAGGGAUUCGGAUCAGCAGUCAAAAGUCGAUGUCUUUGAUGAAUUAUUUAAACUUGCCCCAGAGAAAGUGAACGCUGUCAAAGAAGCAAUCAUGAACUUUGUCAACAAGAAGAUGGAGCGUUUAGGGCUGUCUGUGAAAAAUAUCGACACCCAGUUUGCAGAUGGAGUGAUUCUAAUUUUGUUGAUUGGACAGCUUGAAGGCUAUUUCCUGAACUUGAAGGAUUUCUUCCUGAACCCCAGUUCUCCUGCUGAAAUGCUGCACAAUGUAAACCUGGCCAUGGACUUGCUGAAGGAAGCAGACUUGCUCAGUUACCCGGCUAACCCUCAAGACAUCGUUAAUGGAGAUCCCAAGGCCAUUCUGAGGGUACUCUACAGCUUGUUUUCCAAAUACAAGGCGAAGGAGAUGGCUGAGGGGACACAGACAGAAGCUGGAAUUUAGGCGUUCUUGAAGGUGGUGUUCCCCUGAAGUGCAAAACAUUGGAAACAUUCUACAUGCUGUUGAUUGGGGAAUGGCUGGAGAAAUGGUGACAUAUGGGCUAGAAUGAUAUUGCCCACAAAGGACUUGGUGACUGGGAAGAAGACAAAGAAAUGUGGGAAGAAUAUGAAGUGAUGCAGAGGGAGGAAAUUAUCCCAGCUUGAUAUACACGGUGACUAUGCCAGGAAUAAAGAAGAAUAACA